AUGGGCAAAGGUCUACGAUCAAGCGUCAACAAGACCAACAACAGAAAGCUCAAGAAGAAUGUCUUUGGCCCCGUCGAGACGGCCCGCACAGAGCGUCUGUCGCAAAAGCUGCUCGAAUUAGCCUCCCAGCCAAAGGCUCCCAAGUCGGACAUGGAAGUUGAGGAAUCAAGUGACUCGAAGCAGGCCGAGUCCGAGGCCAAGGCCACCAACGCAAAUGGUGCGUUAAAUGCUCUUGCAAUCCCGGUGCCAAAGUCGCUCGCCCAUCAAUGUCCUGCUACUGCUGCUGCCUCGAUGAACAUGCUCACACCUCCACCUACCCCUCCGCUCGACAUCUCCGACUUCAGCAAUCCCUCUGUCAGAUCUGCACAUCGACGCUAUGCCGACGAACAGCUCUUCUUCCACCUCCUGGGUGUUUCGACCGACAUUCACGGCUUCGACUCCUCUGGCAACAUUUGUUUAGGUUUCGGAUCCGACUCUGAGAGUGAUAAUGAGAGCAGCAGCAACACCGCAAUGGACGUCGACUUGACCAACGCUCCCAGAACAAGCUGGAUCAAGGCCGAGAAGAGAGCCAAGGAAGAAAAGCGCAACCGCAUCGCAAAGAAGCAAAAGCGCAAGGUCAUCAACCAAAUGACUUUCAAGAAGAACCCUCGUACCGGAAAGAAGUGA